AUGUCCAACGUCUCCGCUGACCUUAUCUGGGAGGUUUCCCGCCUCCAGAACUCCUACCUCGUCAAGACGAGGACUGCUCAGUUCUCGCGGGACCCCCUGAACCUGAAGAACGUGCACUCGCGCAAGUACGCCGGGUUCGUCAAUGACAAGGCUAUCGGCAUCUCCGCCAACGAGAAGGGUGGCGUUCAGGUGAUCAGCAAGAAGCCCGCUUCGGCCAACAAGCCUGCUUCGGGUCUGCACACCGUCACCUACGGCGGCAACAAGACCGGCCGCAAGACCUACCGCAACGUUGCCAACCAGGCCGCCAAGAACGGCUACCGUGCCGACCUCCGCUCCGUGGCCGUCUCCCGCGCGAGCGCCCUCCGCCGCGCCCAGCGGCCCGCGAAGGCCGACCCCGAGCGGAAGCUCCGUGGCAACGCUGCCAAGAAGGCUGCUGCCGCUAAGCAGUAA